AUGACACAAGACAUGGAUUACCUGCAUGUAUUAGACUCCCGCACCGAGAAAAGCUAUAAGAUCCCCAUCCAAGACAACUUUAUCCAGGCGACGGACGUGGGCAAAAUCACGCUACCCGAUGCCUCCCACGAGGAGAAGAACACUAGCGUUGAAAACGCUCGCCCACUUCGCCUACUUGACCAAGGGUUCGAGAAUACCGCAUGUAUGGUUUCGUCGAUCACUGUCAUUGAUGGGCACCACGGCGAGUUUCGAUUUCGGGGCCUCCCCAUUGAAGACUUGUUCCGAACAUAUAUUUAUGAGGAUGUUAUGCAUCUGCUCAUCUGGGAGGCACUCCCUUCUCCAAAACAGAAAGAGGAUGUUCGGACCGCGUUGUGUCAGGCUGCGAUUCCUCCUGAAACCGUGGUCAACGUUAUCUCAGCCUUCCCGCAAGAUUCGGAGACUUACAACAUGAUCUUAGCCGGCAUGAGCGCUUUUGCCUCCUCGGACAGCAUCAUGGGUGCUACCCGCCACCAACAAAAACCCAUGUUCCAAGGCAAUCUCGAAAAGGCUGACAAAGCUAUCGUCAGAACCGUAUCGUAUAUGGCUGCUACCAUUGCACUUGUGUACUGCCACAAACGUGGGAAAAAUUUCACUAACCCACAGCCACAUCGAUCCCUGAUUGGGAACCUGUUAUUGAUGAUGGGUUUCAUUGACGCGGAAACCAGCUCAGACUCCAAAGUUGAGGAGUGUCUGAAUAAAUUGUGGAUAUUGUACGCGGAUUCCGAAAUUACCAACUCUACUGCCGCCGCAUUGCACGCUGGAUCCUCCCUCACAGAUCCCGUAUCCUGCGCUAUCGCGGGCCUGGUCUCCGGCUUCGGACCCCUUCAUGGCGGAGCGAUUGAGUUGGCCUACGAGGGCUUCGAGCAGAUCGGAAAGGUUGAGAACGUGGGCCCGUUCAUGGAAGCCGUCAAGGCCAAAAAGGCCAGACUGUUCGGCUACGGCCACCGAGUCCUGAAGAAGAGGGACCCCAGGGCGGCGCUGAUCAAGGAAGUCAUGCCGCCGGAGGACUCCACGAAUCCCCUCCUUCAGAUCGCUUUCGAAGUUGACAGGGCAGCAAGGAAAGAUCCUUACUUCGUUGAGCGGGGUCUCCAUGCCAAUGUGGAUCUUUACGGUUCUUUCCCUUACUUAGCCCUGUAA